CUCGACUUGAAGGCUCACAAAUGUAUGAAAUUUCUUCUCGUUGAUGUUUUAUGUAACCAAAAUCUCCUUGAUUGAAGAACAUGUCGAUUUGAUCUUUUCUAGUUUGCAUCCCACCAGUUUCUGAACCCGGACAUAUAGGAUCUGAAUAGCGGUACCUUUUAUCACAAUUACUUUCAUAGCCCCAACAAUGCUACAAAACGAGUAACAUUGAUAAACGAGUUUUACCAGGGUUUAAACACAAGUAUAAGGAUACUUACAGACUCGUUGUGGUCAGAUUCCGAAAAAUUAAUGUAAGGCAAAUGUUCUGGACAGACAUCCAAAUCGUUGUGUACCAUAGCCGCCCUGACGGCAUUGUCUAACAGAACAAAACACGGUAUAGCUAUAAUCUUUAGAUAAAGCAUGACUUCGGGAUUAUACGAAAAACAUAAAACCUAAAACUGUGAUUUGAAAGUGUAUCACCAUUUUAAUAGACUAUUUUGUAAUAUUCUCAUAGGUAUAAUAGUCUUAGUCAUUUUGUAGACUGUAGUGGGCGGUAAUUCAUUGCCGAAUCGUUGGCGUAGAACUGAUUUGGAAACAUCGUCGGGCUAAUAGAUUAGGAUCAACUGGCUAUCAACAGACAACAAUCGGUUGAAUACUUGUCUUACUGUAGAAUUAGUAGUUGGUAAUUUAGUAUAGAUAAAGGAAAUAUCUAUAAUACUUUGAAGUUAUUACUUAAUAUUAAUUAUUCACAAGCGUCAAACUAGGUACCUAAUAUCUACAAUUUACCGCAAUAAUUUGAGUCAUAGGUAUUUUGCUAUGAUAAUAUUUUGAGUGGUCGACGUAAUUGAUAAUAAAGAAACGUAAAUACAAUAUUAUUUACUAUAGUACAGUGACCUUUUUUCUUGUUUUUAGUGGUUCUACAUUUGGGAGAAAUGAGAACAGCUGGUACGUAUUUUAAAACCGGCAGAUGGUAACUGGUAAUGUAAUGUAAUUCGAUAGUUGAAGAAGCUCUGAUGAAGAAAGAUUAGAUAUUUGCCGCGUAACGAUUGUGGCUUACUUUUUAUCUCGUGUACUAUAGAUCAAACCACGAAUUAAGAAAUAUCUUAAUAUGUUAAUUCGUGGUUCAAACAUACGAACAGUUUGGUUCCGAGUGGAUAUGAAGUUAGAGAAUUAAUCUAAUCAUGAUAUUACGAUCUUAUCAAUUAGAUAUGAAAACAUGGCGUAAAUGUGGAAUGCAUGGACAUUAGAUUAGAACUAGAGAAUAGAUAAAAGAUAAAACUAUUCGUGAGAUAGGCAUUUACAAUAAUAUUACAAUUUUACGUGCUAACUUGUCUGCUGCUUUUUGGUGAGUUACGAUUUACUACAUUAAACAUGUUUAAAAUACCGCUUGUGAAUUCUUUGUGGAUGGCGAGCAGAAUGUCUUUAAAAUUGUUCACCCCCAGCAGCUGUUUUCAUGCUACGGCUUCAACACAAUUAAAAGAAAGUGAGUAUACAUUAAAUUUGAUAGUGUAUUUUGUUUUGACUGUAUACGUUUUUCGUUAUUAAUUAAACUGAUGCGCAUCUUAUUUACUGUCUAGUUCGAACCAACAAAGUCGGUAAUACGUUGAUCAUUGAAGGCAUCAAUGUACCGUCACCCAGAGAGAAUUAUCUCAUUCCGAACGAUGGCAAAUCCUGUCCAUUGGCUAGGCUCAAUUUGAACGUGAAACACACUGUUAGUACUUAUUAUAAAUUAUUAAUGAUAUAGUGAAAAAUAAAUUUUGUUUCAGGAUGUACUCAUCCUUAGUCAGUUUGUGCGUCCCGAUGGAUGUAUGCUACCUCAACGUAUUACUGGUCUUAGUAAGAUUAAGCAGAAAAAAAUAACAAAGUUGGUGUCUAUGGCCCACAAAGCAGGUAAUUCUGGUUUUUAUAUUAAAAAUUGAAACAUUGGUGUGAUUUUCAUUAUGACAAAUUUAACUUAAAACUACAUUAAAAUCUUCUAAUCUCUUAUCUAAGAUUUUCUUUUUUUUUAUUUUAAUUUAUUUAAAUUAAAAUAUAGACAGGCGCUUAGCUAGAACUUUUUUCCUGGAUAAGCUCGUUUAAUGUUGAAGAUCUUUUAUUUUUAAGUGACAGAUAUAAUUACUUUAUUUGUACAAGACAAAUCAAAUUAUUGAGACUUUUUUUAACUUCAAAUAAUAUUACUAUAGACCUUUUGCUAAUAGAUGAGCUAUUCACAUUUAUUCUGCGAUCAAAUAUAGAGGGCUCUUUUUAUUAACUGUGUGACUAAUAUUCGAUAAAAAAAUGACUGCGUUCUUAUCAUUUUAUUUUAUCUUUAGUUUAAUAAAUUAUCACACUCCUAUAAGUUAUAAGUAAAGACCGGAUCUGUAUGCAUUUUGAAUUGUAAAAUAUGCAUGCAAAUAUUCACUAAAAAAAGGAAAAGGCAAGAUAUGCAAGAAAAUAAAGCAAAACAUGCAUAAUAUAAUUUAAAUUUAUUUAAAAUUUUAUAUUUUAUUUACAUUUUGCAGUGAUAAUUAAUUAUUAAUUUUAUUAAAAUUUCCAUGAACAAAAAAAGUUGUGGUGCGUGCUGGCGUCCUAGGCGUGACUGGUCGCCGAGACCAGUCUCCGGUGACGUAAAGAAAACCGUCAAAUUCUGUACCUGUAUUCAGUAUCAUUGUGGUUUUUGUGCAGUGAGGGCUAGUGUUUUAAAGUUAAAUUGUAUAUUUACUACUAUGAGUAUGAAUACAAUUAUUAAUAACAAUAAUAAAAUAAUGUUACUUCUUUUUGAAGAAGAGCAAGAGGAUGAUGAUUUAUUAAUUACAACACAAUGCGAUCAGAGAGAAAAAGUUGAUACACUUUUUCUUAAUAGGAAAAGUGAAGGAUACUUUGAAAUUUUAAUAAAUAGACAUUCUUUAUGUUCUGCCUUUUUAUAUUUGUUGUGCGACAGAUCAAACAACUCAACAUUUCUUUGCGCCAUUUCGAUCAGAUGUUGUUCUUCUCCCGAAAAAUGCAAUUUAGUCAUAUUGCUGUACGGGACAGUCGAAAUACACUACCCAAGAGCUGGUUUGUGAAUGAAAUAAAUCAACUGUCCCAAUACACUGCUCUCGGACCGGUAGUGUCGCCGAUCGCCACGAUAAAGUUCAGUUGGAAACCAGUCAAUAGGAAUUACAUACUAACAGUUGGUUGGUUGGUUAAGGAUGUACUUGUAAGAUGAAAAACUUUGUUAAAGUGUCAACACUAGUUAUUAGUGCAUAUUUAAAAUUGGUUAAUACAUCCGAUGAAUAAUUUGAAACAGACAAAUUGUUGAAAUUAGUCCUGUCACCCCAUUUUCGAAAUUUCUUUUGAAACCAUUAGUCCUUUAUUUUUAUCGAAAAAAUUUUUAAAUUUUGUUUUAAUUAUUAUACUAUUUGCGCUCAUAGGAAGUUCAUUGAUGGAAUUUUUCACUUGUUUUAAAAUGUUUAAUGAGUCUACAAGUGACAAAUUAGAAUUUUCAAGCUUUUUGACGCUUUCAACGAUACAUGAAAAAUUUGCUUUAAUGUAAGCAAGAUCAUGUUGUACAUUUAAUUUAUUAAAAAUUGAUUUACAAUUUUUAAUGCUUUCUGCUUCAUCUUUUAAGUUUUCAAUUACAUUUUUAAGCUCUUCAAAUUGAUCUGCAUAAAAGAAGGCUGACUCUAGCCAAUCAACCCAGUGGGUAAUUAUUGGCUGUGAUGGUAAAGGUCUGUUCAGCAAAAUAUUUUUUUUUAUAACUGAAUUCUAUCCAGAGCUUUUGAAAAAACCUUAUUCCAUUAUUAAUUAAAUUGUUAAUGUCAUGAAAAGUAUCCAUAUUUUUUUUAAAUUUAAUUUGUACUAACAAUAAAUUGUGUCGGUAUAAAUGUAGCAAGAAAUUUUAUCAAUCUUGUUGAUAAAAUUAUAUCUAAAGAAUAAUAAUCUUGAUAAAACAAGUAAACCCACUUUACCACUAUGUAAGUUUAGUUAACCUAUUUUUAGUGUCCGAAUAUUCUUUGUAACGUAAAAUAUUUAAUAUGUUAACAUACCUAUAAUCUUUGUUUUUGUUUGACAUCUUAUUAGACUAUGAGGUGUAUCUUUGUUAAAAUAUGCAAAAAUAUUCAGAAUGUGCACUAAUAUAAUAAUAUGCAGUAUAAAAUUUUGAUAUUCAAUCAGUUAGGUUUUGAUUCAUGGACACUUAUUGACUGCAUGUAUAUGAUGUUGAAAAUAGUAACAUGCAUUUCAUGCAAAAUUUGGUCUUUACUUAUAAGCUAAUGCUGUUUUUAGUAAUUAUUUACAAUAUCUUUAACUAUUUUUAAUAAUAAAAAUGGAUUUUAAUUUGUAUGGUUUGUUCCAGUAAUCGGAACUAACUAACAUGUUUGAAGUUAAACAAAUAUGUUAAUAUAGAUAGUAUCAAAAAUAUAAAUGUAUUCAAAUUAAAAAGUUAUAAAAAUAAGUUUGAAAACAUACAAAUUAUAUUACAAAUGUCAAAUACUUCUUAAUAACAUGUAAGGUGAUUAUUUCUUGAUUCCAAUUCAAUAUUAUUUUGUACAAUAAUAAUUAUUUAGAGUAGUGCACCAAGUUUUGUUAGCUUAUGUUUGAUCGCAGGUCUUAAUGUAUGCAAUAUACAAAAGGCUCUGCUAUCAGUACAAGUUCCAUUACUAUAAUAAUGUUUUAUUUUUUAUUUUUGUUAUUUAAUUGAAUGGAAAAUAGUAGUAAAUUGAUGACUGAUGUAGUUGGCAUUGUACCCUGUGAUAAAACUUAUCUUAAUCUGUGUUAUUAUAGGUAAGAUAAUGGUAAACAAAUUACAAUAAAUAUAUUAUUUGUUAAAUUAUUCAAGCCCUAAAACGUUACUUUCUAUUAAUCUACUUCAAGGGUCCUCAACCUUUUCAUAUCCCCAUACCAUUUGCACAUAAUGCAAUUUUUGAUGUACCAUUUAACACUUGUUAUUAGGCUUUUUUUUUAAUUACAAAAAAAAAUAUAUACACUUUAUUUUACAUUUAUAGAGCUUUUUAUUAAUAAAUCAACAUAACUAUAAGCAUUUAAUAUACAACAGAAAAAUGUAAUAUGUACAGUUAUUAUUUAUGUAUUACAUUAUAUAUAACUAGUAUAUUUUUCUUUUCACUUAUUAAACAAUUUUUUCAUGGACCAUGUAUGAGCUUUCCAGUUAGGUUCUCAACCUAACUGGAUUUGUUCUAUCUAAUUUGUUUAAUGCCCAGAUCAACACCUACACUUACUCCUAGGAUAUGGGAUGUUUGAAUUUACAUAUUUAUAAAGAAAAUGAAAAACAAAAAAAAAUUGAGAUUCAUUGUACUUUUAAAAUUUAAUAGUUGUGGAAUUCAAAAAACAUUGUGUUAAUAUUUAACUUUAUUCUGUAGAAUAUAAAUAUAUUAUAUAUUUAGUUAUAACUACAUAAUUAUUAAUAUGUUCAUAAUUAAACAAUUUUAGGAUUAAUGUGCAGUUUAGCUCCAGAAAAUAGCAAAAAAGAUCCUACUAGAAGAAAACAUUGGAAGAAAUAUAACACAUAUUUUGAUGAAUCCACAAUAAAAGUUUUUGAUAGUAGAGUCGCUCAAAUGAAAACAAAUAUGUUACAGGAUUAUAUUGAACUUAAAAAACAAGAAAAAAAAUUAUUUGUGUAAUCAUUGAAAAUAAAUGUUUCUUUAUUAAUUAUGAUUAAACAGUAUAAUGAUAUUAUCCAUUAAAGUACAAUGUCAUUUAAUUAAUUAUAUACAUUUUUAUUUAUACAAAAAUAAUACUUAAAUUAAACAUUUUAAUUAUUAUUUAAUGUUUUAAUAAAUAAUUUUCUUAGAUUUAGGAAGUUUUAGAUUUACUAUUAGAUGACAAGUAACAUAAAAAAAAUAUAUGUAUAAAUUGUCUUGAUUUAUGGUUAAUAAAUAAUUAUUUAUCAAUCCUUGAUAACAAAUAAAUUAUGUUUGGUUUUAAAAUUUAAUAGAAAAUCAUUACUGUAAGUUUAUAAUAAAAAUAUUUUAGAAAAAAGUUGUGACUGAUCUAACUGUUAUAAGAAUAUAAGAUAUAAAAGAGAAUUCAUAUUAUAUACUUUAUGUAGCAAUCAAUUAUAACAAAUGAAAUGUAAUUCUGAGUUGAAUUAGAAUUUUUUUU